AUGCCGUCCUGGCGAGGGGACAGUGCCAGCAUGGGCCCCCUGGCACCCACUGCGGUGGCGGCUUUCCUGCUCCGCACACUCUGCUUUCGCAUUCCGCUUCCCAACAGAGGGACAAAACGGCCCCGUGAUGAAGAGGAGGAGGAGAUCAAGGCACGGAGGAAACAAGCGAGUGCCCGGGAACACAGUCGCCACCGAGAAGAGGAGUCUACUGUGGUGGAUGAAACCGAGGAGGAAAAGAAGAAACUUCUGCAGAUAAUGGAGAGGGACGGAGAAGAGGAGGAUGAAGAGGAGGAACCUUUGGAUGAAAGUUCAGUGAAAAAGAUGAUUCUCACCUUUGAGAAGAGGUCUUACAAGAACCAGGAGCUGCGGAUCAAGUUCCCCGACAACCCAGAGAAGUUCAUGGAAUCGGAGCUGGAUCUAAAUGACAUCAUCCAGGAAAUGCACGUGAUCGCGACGAUGCCAGACCUGUACCACCUCCUGGUGGAGCUCAACGCCGUGCAGUCCCUGCUCGGGCUGCUCGGGCACGACAACACCGAUGUUUCCAUAGCAGUGGUGGACUUGCUUCAGGAGCUCACCGAUAUCGAUACUCUCCAUGAGAGUGAAGAAGGAGCCGAGGUGCUCAUAGACGCGCUGGUGGAGGGCCAGGUUGUAGCCCUGUUGGUGCAGAAUUUGGAGCGCCUGGAUGAAAGUGUGAAGGAGGAGGCCGAUGGUGUCCACAACACGCUUGCCAUCGUGGAGAACAUGGCCGAGUUCCGCCCGGAGAUGUGCACGGAGGCGGCGCAGCAGGGCCUGCUGCAGUGGCUGCUCAAGAGGCUCAAGGCUAAGAUGCCUUUUGAUGCCAACAAGCUGUACUGCAGUGAGGUGCUGGCCAUUCUGCUCCAGAAUAACGACGACAACAGAGAAUUGCUUGGGGAGCUGGAUGGGAUCGAUGUGCUGCUUCAGCAGUUAUCUGUGUUCAAACGACACAACCCCAGUACAGCAGAAGAACAAGAAAUGAUGGAGAACCUGUUUGACUCUCUGUGCUCCUGCCUAAUGCUGAGCUCCAAUCGUGACCGCUUCCUGAAGGGUGAAGGUCUGCAGCUGAUGAAUCUCAUGCUUAGAGAAAAGAAGAUUUCUCGUAGCAGUGCUCUGAAGGUCCUGGACCAUGCCAUGAUCGGGCCCGAGGGCACAGACAACUGCCACAAAUUUGUGGACAUCCUCGGCCUGAGGACCAUCUUUCCGCUCUUCAUGAAAUCGCCCAAAAAGAUAAAGAAAGUUGGAACAACUGAAAAAGAGCAUGAAGAACAUGUCUGUUCCAUCCUGGCCUCCCUUCUGCGAAACCUGAGAGGGCAGCAAAGGACACGGUUGCUGAAUAAAUUCACAGAGAAUGACAGUGAGAAGGUUGAUCGGCUGAUGGAACUGUAUUUUAAGUACCUGGAUGCAAUGCAGGCAGCUGAUAAGAAGAUUGAAGGAGAGAAACACGACAUGGUGCGUCGCGGGGAGAUCAUCGACGACGACACGGAGGAUGAAUUCUACCUGCGGCGCCUGGACGCGGGUCUCUUUGUCCUGCAGCUGAUUUGCUACAUCAUGGCAGAGAUCUGCAACGCCAACGUCCCCCAGAUCCGUCAGAGAGUCCAUCAGAUUCUGAACAUGAGAGGCAGCUCCAUUAAAAUUGUUCGACACAUCCUGAAGGAGUAUGCAGAGAACAUCGGGGAUGGGAAGAACCAGGAGUUCCGGGAGAGCGAGCAGAAACGGAUCUUGGACCUGCUGGAGAAUUUCUGAGCCC